AUGGCGAGAAGGGAAAUUUUCAUAUGUAUUGCUUUCGCCGCGCUGGUGUUCGCGAGCGAGGUGGACGACUCAGAACAGAAGAAGAGAGGUGCUGGAAAAGCGAACGUUCUUAACGCGAUCCCAACGGGAGCUCAAAAACCCGAAUACACAUAUAACAUCUACCAGAACCCCGCACAAAGCACCCCAGCUCAAACGUACCAGGCACAAAUACCGAAUUCCUUCUACCCCAAUCAGCCGAGUCAGUACUACUCCAAUGGAGACGCGCAGACAGCCCACAUACCCCAGACAUCGCAUUUCGUCCCUAUUAACUUCGUUCCCAACAAUGGAUAUCAGCAGAAAUACCAAAUUGUGCCGAAGCAAAAUGUCCAAUUGGCCGUGGUACAGCAACCGACGCCUUACCCCUCCAUCCUCCAAUACCCUCAAAUGGUGCUAGCGAACCCCUCAAACCAUAUAAACCCACAAAGUCCCAUACAGUUCCCAAAUGGUCACUUUAACUUCCCACAAUAUCAGUUGCCAGUCGGUAAUCCAUUUAUAGGCCAUCCAUUGUUCGUUCCCCCUAAUAUCUAUGGUAACGUAGGUGUACCCAAUCAGCCGCAAGGUGUCGUGAGUUAUUACCAGCCACAGACUAAACAGAACUACAGCCCGAGCAGUUCCACAGAUUAUGAUAAACUUCACACCCAAUCUGCGUCCCCAAAAGAAGACACAGACAUCCAGAACGAUUAUAUCUCUUCAGAUUCUAAUUCCGCUUUUAAGAACACAUAUAACUCAGCGCGCAGUACAUAUACAAAGAUAAACUAA